CGCAUCCGCACGAACGCAGAGGGAGAGUCCCACUGCCACUGGACACGAAGGAAACGACACAUACGGAAGGGAAGAGGAAGCAUGGGAUCUGGUGGAGCAGUACCGGUGGUGCUUGCCGCAGCAUGUCUGGCGCUGGCGCUGCCCUGCACUUUGGCUUCUUCUCGCAAGUUCGAUCUAAAUAUUGCACAUCCAAAAUUACUAAACACCACCGUUGGCUCUUUUGCUUCAAGCUCACACAUUGAUUUUGACCCAUCAAGAUCAAAACGUCUCGCAUGGCAUCCAAGGGUCUUCUUGUAUGAAGGUUUUCUCUCUGGCAUGGAGUGCGAUCACUUAGUAUAUGUGGCACGUUUAAAUAUAGAAUCAUCUUUACUUGUUAAUGCUGGUGCUAGAAAUAUUACCCAGAACAGUACAGAUGCACGCUUCAAAUUUCAGCUGGCCGAUAGCAAGGACAUAGUGGUUUCAAAGAUUGAAGAUAGGAUAUCAUUGUGGAGUUUUAUUCCAAAAGAGCAUGGAGAGAGCAUGCAGAUUUUAAAGUACGGAUCAAACCAAAGUGACCAUAACAAGGAUGGGACUCAAUCGAGCAGUGGUGGCAAUAGGCUUGUGACCAUUUUGAUGUAUCUUUCUGAUGUCAAGCAAGGUGGUGAAACUGUUUUCCCCAGAUCUGAGUUGAAGGAUACUCAAGCUAAGGAAGGGGCACUUUCUGAAUGUGCUGGUUAUGCAGUGAAACCUGUGAAAGGCGAUGCGAUUCUGCUGUUCAAUUUAAGGCCUGAUGGAGUCACCGACAGUGAUAGUCACUAUGAGGAUUGUUCUGUCCUUGAAGGGGAGAAAUGGCUUGCCAUAAAACAUCUCCACAUAAGCAAGAUUGAUAAAUCAAGAUCUUCUCUGCCAUCUGAGGAUUUGUGCACAGAUGAAGAUGAUAAGUGUGUCAGUUGGGCUGCUGCUGGUGAAUGCUACAGUAAUCCAGUUUUUAUGAUAGGCAGUCCAGACUACUACGGCACCUGCAGGAAGAGUUGUCAUGCAUGCUGAAUGUUUUCCUUUUUAUUGUUUUGAAGAACAUGCUAUGCUUUUUUUCUUUAAUACUAAUAUUGAUGUUGUAGACAGAAAAUGAUUCAACAAAUUGUGUAUGCUCCCAGAUUUUCUUUUCGCUUCUUAGGCAAUGUAAUUUUUUUAGGUGAGAUAUAGGCAAUAUAGUUUGGAAUUCUUACCAAUUUAUGGAACUAAUGCCGAGUUGAUUUUUGUUCCAUCAGACAA